AGUGCCUCAGGUUUGAAACUGGGGGUCGGGCACCAGAGCCGUUGUCUGUCGCUGCGGGGCUCUCCCCCUCCCCCCGCCACCGGUCCCUGCUGACCCCACCCUCCUCCCUCCCGUCCCACCUCCCGACCCCCAUUCCCGCCCCGCCCCCCACCCCAGACCUCCCCCUCGAGUCCCUCGGCUGGGUCCGGCCCGGCCUCUGUCCUCCGCUCCGGCUUUCCCGGCCCGGAGGGCGGCCCCGCUGCCGCCGCCAUGUCCCUGCACGGAAAGCGGAAGGAGAUCUACAAGUAUGAGGCACCUUGGACGGUCUACGCCAUGAACUGGAGCGUGAGGCCCGACAAGCGCUUCCGCCUGGCGCUGGGCAGUUUUGUGGAGGAGUACAACAACAAGGUCCAGCUCGUUGGUUUAGAUGAAGAGAGUUCUGAAUUUAUUUGCAGAAACACUUUUGACCAUCCUUACCCCACUACAAAGCUGAUGUGGAUCCCUGACACGAAGGGAGUCUACCCAGAUCUGUUGGCAACCAGUGGCGACUAUCUCCGUGUGUGGAGGGUUGGUGAAACAGAAACCAGACUAGAGUGUUUGCUAAACAAUAACAAGAACUCUGACUUCUGUGCUCCCUUGACCUCCUUUGACUGGAAUGAGGUAGAUCCUUAUCUCUUAGGUACCUCAAGCAUUGAUACAACCUGCACUAUCUGGGGUCUGGAGACUGGUCAGGUUCUAGGACGAGUGAAUCUAGUAUCUGGCCAUGUGAAGACCCAGCUGAUAGCACAUGACAAAGAGGUCUAUGACAUUGCAUUUAGUCGGGCCGGGGGCGGCAGGGACAUGUUUGCUUCAGUGGGUGCAGAUGGUUCUGUGCGGAUGUUUGAUCUCCGCCACCUAGAACACAGCACCAUCAUUUAUGAAGACCCACAGCAUCAUCCCCUGCUACGUCUCUGCUGGAACAAGCAGGACCCUAACUAUCUAGCCACAAUGGCCAUGGAUGGAAUGGAGGUGGUAAUUUUGGAUGUACGAGUUCCCUGCACCCCUGUUGCUAGGUUAAACAACCACCGAGCAUGUGUCAAUGGCAUUGCCUGGGCCCCACAUUCAUCUUGCCACAUCUGUACUGCAGCGGAUGACCAUCAGGCUCUCAUCUGGGACAUCCAGCAAAUGCCCCGAGCCAUUGAGGACCCUAUCUUAGCCUACACGGCAGAAGGUGAAAUCAACAAUGUACAGUGGGCAUCAACUCAGCCUGACUGGAUAGCCAUCUGCUACAACAACUGUCUGGAGAUACUGAGAGUUUAAUGCUAUUGGGAGUCCAUGCCGAAGAGGCAGGGGCUAUGUUUUCUGCCCCAUCCCUAUCCCCAAAGUAAGAACAAACAAUUUUCCAGUGGCCAGUAUGUCUUUUGUUGCUUUGCAUCCACUGUUCCCAGAAGCUGCUCUAGGAGUUUCUUGCCAGUCUCCCCGUUGCCUGUGCUGGACUCAGAACACAGUGAUGUGUGGAGCCUCCUUGGCCUCUGAAGUUGGGUUUCUUAUUCUCCCCUAUUCUCCCUUGUUUUCUCAAUUAAAAAUUUCUGUAUAUUUGUUUGUCAGCUGUUGUGUUAAUGAGCAUUAUAAGCACUAGCUGUGUUUGUGUUAAUCUACUGCAUAUAUCUGUAUCUGUCAGCUGCCUGAGGCAGCAAAUCCAGUUCACUUGUUAGCUCUUAAAUGGAAAGAAAAUAUCAAUUUUGAAGGAGUCUCUCCUUUUGUCAUUUGCUGUCUUUAAUACAUUUCAAGUUUGUAUUUUUUUUAAUCUGUUGACUGAGUUUUUAUGAAAUGAAUUUUCUCUUCCUAA